AUGAUAUGCACAGUUAAUAAGUUAACAACAGCGUCAUACUCAAUGAACAAUAACGAUAAUAGAUUAGUUAAUUUAUCGCAUUUGAUAUUAUCAAAGAUUAUUAAUUAUAUAGAUGAUAAUGUAGAUAGGAUAGUGUUUACAUUAGUUUGUAAAAGAUGGUUCAAUGAAAGACAUAAAUAUCUAUCUUUUAAAACUGAUCAUAUUAUUAAUAUCAAUAAAUGCAAUGUUAAUCAAGAUAGUAUGUGCUUGAAGUCUUAUAAAUCAAUAUACAUCGAUUCAUUCAAACAUAAAAACAAUUAUUAUCUUCACGUUAUCAGAGGAGAUACAAUAGAUUAUAAAAUGACACCAGAACAACUCAUAGAAAUAAAUGAGAUUCCUCCAAAGUUCAGUGCAAUUGCGAUUGAUAUUGAUUCUUCUGAUGCUACUUGCUAUGAAAUGUAUCGAUUAAUUUCUCGAUCCCAAGUCACCACUUUAGAGAGAUGUCGCACAUUAAGAUAUAGAUUACCAGAGAAUCUUACAAAUAUAUCAUUCAUAUCCUUUAAUGAACCGUUGUUACCUGGUUAUCUUCCACAGCAUUUGAAAUCUCUAGAGUUUGCUCAUGGAUUCAAUCAACCAAUCAAAAAAGGUGAUCUUCCCAAUACACUGGAGAUAUUGAAUCUCGGUGAUGAUUUCAAACAAGCAAUCGAACCAGGUGUAUUACCAUCAUCAUUGAAAGUUCUCAAAUACUAUGGUGGUCAUAUUCUAAAAGUUGGAUCAUUACCUCCAAAUCUUGAAGAAUUCUAUUUUCUUGGAAAUACAGUACCAAUUGAUGAUGGAGUAUUACCUUUGACACUUUGUGAAGUAAAAGCACCAUUAUCAUGGCUUCCAUCAAUCAAAUCACUUUCAAAUAUUAAAUCAUUAAUACUAUAUCAGUGUGAUAUAGAUUCAACAAUCGAUCUAAGUUACCUUCCAUGUUCAUUAACAAAACUGGCAAUUAGUCAAAGAAGAAGAAAACGAUUAAUAUCAACGAUGCCACCUUCAAUCAAACAUCUCGAUCUUACACAUUUAUCAUAUAAUAUCGAUGAGAUAUUCAAAGAUCGAUCACAAUAUCAUUUCGAAUAUCUUAAGUUAGAUGGAUACAAACCAGAUUCACUCGAUAAUUUGAAAAUCGAUGAUUUGGAACUUGAUUUAAGUAAUCCUUUCAAAUAUAAAGUUGAAUCUAUUAUAGAUAUUCCAGAAGGUAUUGAAAUACUUCAAAUUCGCAAUGGUGGCGAUCUCUAUUUAGAUUUUGAAGUAAUUCCAUCGACAGUCAAAAGAUUAAUUCUCGACUACAGUUCAACUUUUAAAUUCAACUCUAAUGAGACACUUCCAAGUGGAUUACAAGAAUUGGCGGUUGAUUUAGAUGAUUGGAAUGAAGAUUUAACACUAUUUCCAAGUGAUGUUCUACCACCAUCACUUCAAUCGCUGACAAUUCCAGCAAUGUUACUUCCACAACCUCGAAUACCCAACAACCUUAUUCUCAUUCCAGAGCUGUCUAAUGGUGGUGAUGAACAUGUCUGGUUACGAAGGCUGGACGAUCAUCAUUAUCUCUUCUUCAGCGAAGAACCAUUCUAUACAUCUGCGAUUGUUCAUGAAUCAAAUAUUCCAAAUAUAUUUGCAUAUUAUGAAUCAACUCUCUAUCGAUAUUUCCCUAGGUGGAUAAAAGUUGAAAUAGAUGAAUAA